GUGGCGGCCCCUGCAGGAUACCCGGGGCCUCGGCAGGCACCGCGCAGCCGGCGGUGUCAGUGCCACGGUGUCCGCCGGGGAGCGAGAGGCAGCGCCGGCGUCCGCCCGCCCGAUCCCCGCGGCCAGGCCCCCGCAUGCAGCCCUCACCCUGGAGCGGCGGCGGCGGCGGAUCGAGGAGCUCUCGAGGUCCUCCCGGCAGCGGCUGCUGCAGUCGCGGGACAGGAUGUUCUCCAAGUUCACCUCCAUCCUGCAGCACGCCGUGGAGGCGGAUUGUGACAGCAAGAGCCACAUACUAGGAAUGAAACAUGGAAUUGCAAAAGCAGGAAGCUCGCACCUUCCCUUCCAUUACAAGAAGAUUUUGUUUACCACUGGAAAGCAAUCACCCAUUACUACAUAGAGACCUCAGAUGACAAAGCUCCUGUGACUGAUACCAACAUUCCCUCUCACCUGGAACAGAUGUUGGAUAUUCUAGUUCAAGAAGAAAAUGAGAGGGAAUCAGGUGAAACAGGGCCAUGUAUGGAGUAUUUGCUACAUCACAAGAUUUUGGAGACACUCUACACACUAGGAAAAGCUGAUUGUCCCCCAGGAAUGAAACAGCAAGUUCUGGCUUUUUAUACAAAACUUCUUGGAAGAAUACGGCAACCUCUUCUUCCCCACAUAAAUGUGCAUAGGCCAGUGCAGAAGUUAAUCAGGCUGUGUGGUGAGGUUCUGGCAACACCAACAGAAAAUGAAGAAAUUCAGUUUCUCUGUAUAGUAUGUGCAAAGCUGAAACAGGAUCCAUACCUGGUUAACUUCUUCCUUGAGGUCAUUCAGGAUCCUGUUUUGCACCUUUGCAGAAGGCAGAGUAAAUUGAAAGCAAUGGCUCUUCAAGGAUCAGCAAGUGUAAUCACUGAAGACAUGAUAAAAGACCAAGAGUCCGUGACAACAGACACGGGGCAGCCUGGCCAGCCUGAGGAGGCGCCUGCUGCUGCCGGAGCCGAGCACAUGGAGAAGGAAGAUGAGCUUCCACAACAGGCAGAUGAGCUCUCUUUCAGUCUGGAUGAACUCAAUGUCACAUCACCACCUGAGUCCUCCACUGCUUGUCCAAAUCAAGACUAUAAUUUAGUGAAUUCUCUACUAAACCUCACUAAAAGUCCUGACGGCCGGAUAGCAGUGAAGGCCUGUGAAGGUCUCAUGCUUUUGGUGAGUUUGCCAGAACCAGCAGCUGCCAAGUGCCUGACUCAAAGCACUUGUUUAUGUGAAUUGUUGACAGACAGGCUGGCCACCCUCUACAAAGCCUUGCCUCAGUCACUGGAUCCCUUAGACAUUGAAACAGUGGAGGCAAUUAACUGGGGCUUGGAUUCCUAUAGCCACAAAGAAGAUGCAUCUGCUUUUCCAGGGAAAAGAGCAUUGAUUUCAUUUCUUUCUUGGUUUGACUACUGUGAUCAACUCAUCAAAGAAGCACAAAAGACGACCGCUGUUGCUAUGGCAAAAGCUGUGCGGGAACGAUUCUUCAUUGAUGUUAUGGAACCUCAGCUGAUGCAAACUUCAGAGAUUGGAAUCCUCACGUCAACUGCACUAUUGCACCGCAUUGUUCGUCAGGUGACUUCGGAUGUCCUGCUGCAGGAACUGGUGUAUUUUAUACUUGGAGAGCACAGAGAGCCAGAAACACUGGCAGACAUCAACAGGCAUCCAUUGCGACACAGGCUGAUCGAGCACUGUGAUCACAUUUCUGACGAGAUCAGCAUAAUGACUUUACGAAUGUUUGAACACCUUUUGCAAAAACCCAACGAGCACAUUCUUUAUAAUUUGGUUUUGAGAAAUUUGGAAGAAAGAAACUACAUGGAAUACAAGCCUCCCUGUCAAGAAGAUAAAGAUGUGGUAGAGAAUGGACAGAUUGCUGGAGCAGUAGAUCUGGAGGAAGAUCCAUUAUUUACUGAUCUGUCUCCAGAUAACACACUGUCAGCUCAGGAGUGGCUCAGUGCUUCUCCACCUGUCAGCCCAGAACAUCCAAAAAAUGAUGGGAAGACUGAAGUUCAUAAAAUUGUAAAUAGUUUUCUUUGUCUUGUACCUGAUGAAGCAAAGUCAUCAUACCAUGUGGAGGGUACGGGUUAUGAUACUUACCUCAGAGAUGCCCACAGACAAUUCCGGGAUUAUUGUGUCAUUUGCUUACGGUGGGAGUGGCCUGGAUCUCCCAAAUCUUUGGAAAAGUGCAAUUUAGAAGCAUCAUUUUUUGAAGGACACUUCUUGAAAGUCCUCUUUGAAAGAAUGGGCAGGAUUCUUGAUCAGCCCUAUGAUGUAAAUUUACAAGUUACGUCAGUGUUGUCCAAAUUGUCCCUGUUUCCCCAUCCUCAUAUACAUGAAUACCUUUUGGAUCCUUACGUCAACCUCGCCUCUGGCUGCAAGUCUCUCUUUUCUGUGAUUGUCAGGGUCGUCGGGGACCUCAUGGUUAGAAUCCAGCGCAUCCCAGAUUUCACUCCCAAACUUCUGCUGGUCAGAAAACGCCUGCUGGGCUUAGAGCCGGAAGGACCCAUCAUUGACCACAUGACGUUACUAGAGGGCGUGAUUGUGCUGGAAGAGUUCUGCAAGGAGCUGGCGGCGAUCGCCUUUGUGAAGUACCACACCUCAGCCACGCCCUGAGCAGCCCGGCCCGGCCACCCCCGGCUCCGGGCUGCGCUCGGCCGGAGAGCCGCCACAACACCCAGAGACAAGGUGGUGCCUCCCGGCAAAGUGACAGGGGAUGUUUGGAAGACGAGUUCCCUUCACCAGAUGUUGAGUUUGCAAAUGGACUUGGAAUAUGAGCGAAGGCAUUUGGGGAGAAACCAAUACACAUCAUUUCUAGCCACUGAGUGAAGAGCUGCAAAAGCUGCAUGAAGAACCACAGACAUCAGACCUUGGUUAUUCUGAUUACAGUGUUUAGAGAGUUUGAGCUCUUGUAUGUCCUGGGGCUCACAUGCACCAAUUUGCUCUUUGUGACCAUAUUACUUUUAAAAAAGCAAAUUAAUUUUAUAACAUUUUUAUGUCUUAAUUAUUUUUCUUUUCAGUUGGAUAUAUGAAAGUAAAAUACACCUAUGACUGCAAUGUAUGUUAUUAAAAAUGCAGUUCAAAAAAUCUACCAAUCCAUAUACAAUAAGAUACGUUAAUGAGGGAUCAUUUUGCUUUUGGUAGAUCUUAAGUACAACUCUGAGCUUGAUCCCUCAGUGGUUUACUACAAGAAAUCUAUCAGUCUAAAAUCAAUACUAAAGAAAUUAAUCCUGAUUCGGCAUCACAUCCAUAACAAAUAUAUCUGAAGUGUACAUGUUUGUAGCAUGUUUGUCUGUGUCAUUCCAAGUGAUUGAUCUCCAGGUUAUCUAUGUAUCUAGAUUCGCUUUAGCUUUUUACAUGGGAACUCUAAUUUUUUUACUCAUGUCACCUUUACAUUGUAGGUUAAUUAUAGGUCAUCAUAGUUGUUGCUGAAACAGUAUUUUUAAUUUCUUUUAAAUUGGUAUUAGUCUGAAUUGGUUUAAGAAUCUUUUGUGCCUUGAAAAUCGGUAGCAUAAACAUUCUGUUAUUUUGAGAGACUUUUUUAUUGCUUAUCUAACCGUCACAGUGAUGCCAACUCAGUUUAAGCAUUGAUAACUUAUUUAGGACCAAAAUUUGCACCUGCUUUUCACAGUGCUGGGAUGCAGGAAUGCCUUUCAGUGACCUCUUUUCCGUGUGAAUGCCAUCAGCCAGGCCAGGCACUGGCAAUGUGAGCAGAGGCCACUGCAGGGGGCUUUGCUUCUGCCCUCCAGAGGGUCCUCACUGCCAGCACCCUGUGCACUGGUGGCUGUGCUGGACCUGGCAGUCACACCAGUGACCCAUCCUGCUCUCCACACUCAUGGGUAGGACCUCUUUCCCCUCCUCUGAACAAGCUCAGCUCCUUCCAUUUACAUUGCCGUUCCUUGUUUGUCUUUCCUGCCCCCCUGUUUGCACAGCUAAUGCCCAUUUCAGAUGUCAUUGCUCAAAUUCAAACAUAGACUAAUUUAUUCAGUCACUAGAAGUCUUCUGGAUUUACAUGACUGUACCUAGAAUCAGAUUCUGCUCUCUAUCCAUGCCUUUCAGGUCUUGUUUUUUAAUAUUUAUGGAAGCUGGAUGUUAAGAGGCCUUUUAAGAUAGCAGGUUAAUUAGAGCAGUGUCACAGUUAAUGGGCUAAAUUUAUUCUUGUCACCAGUGAAGAGCAUCCGACUGUAAAAGCUUCCAGUACAGGUUCAGCUGGAGAAAGCAGUUCUGGAAACAUUUUGUGCAGGUAAAACCUGUAUGCAGGGGCUCCCUGUACUGGGACACUUUUGUAAAAAUUGUUGCAUUUCUCUGGCAAACAGAAGCAUGUUUUACUUCUUCACCUGUUGGUUUUUUUUCUGCAUUUAGCUCCAAAGUAUUUUCAGGUUCAAGUAGCAUAGUGGGACAAAGUUUGAAAAAAUUACACUUACUCAAUUUUUUUUCUUUAGAAACAUACCUUGAAUGUAGCAAAUCAUUUUUAGUGAUUGGCAUUGCAGACAGUCCACAUUGGGAGCUUCCUUAAUACCUGACAAAGAGUUUAGAACAUGUUGAUGUCUAUGCAGAGUGAUACUUAAUACAUGCAUUUGUUAUUUAUAAGGUCCCAAUUCAGCAAAACAGUUAAACAUAAGCUUAAUUUCAAGUAUUUUUUGCUUAAAUCACAAUCUUUUACAUGAACAAAGAGUGUUGAGCAGAAAUGCUGAUGCCUUACUGAAUUUGAGUCUUUGUUGGUUUUGCUUGAGCUUAAUUACUUUUUCCUAAAAUCAUUUAUUUUUUUUCAAGCAUGUACUCCAGAAUACUUCUAAUGUCCCAAUUUCAGUGGAAACUGGAAGUGAUAAUACUACUAUAAACAAAAAUGAGCAAAGUGUUAAAAAAAACCUUGCAAGAGCAUUCCGAGUAAUAUAAAAAUUGAUAAAGCCAUUCAAGAGUAGCCUGAUCUCAAAUGAAAGUAUUAAACAUCACUUCCUUUGUUUUGCUGUUUUCACUGGUACCCAAACUCAUUACACUGAAAGGUGUUCUAAUGCAAAACACUGCAGAGCUGCAAGCACAGCUCCUUAAGCUUGUCCAUGGAAAAUAAGUAGAUAGAACUGUGAUCACUCUUAAAUUCAGCCUGUGUCUCCAGUGACAUUGGUGAUGUUUUCUUGCAACCCAAAUGUUAUUUAGUCAAUAAAUUUAUAAGACAUGGAUCCAUCCUCACACAAGUGAAGCAAUCUUUAAAGUUGUUUUGGCCUGAACUGCUUUUGUGAGUGCUGUAUACAAACCCUUAAUCCCCCUACCUGAUGACAAUGACCUUUAUUUUUGUAAGAGUGAUUUAAUCUUUCUUAAGAGAGAUGGAACUCAUUUAAUUAUUUUUGUGGUAAUAUUUUUCAUGCACUUUUCUUUUGUUUUUAAUGAUUAGAAGUUAGUUCAGGUCCAUGUUUUCACCUUUUUGAUCUAUGCAUGUCAUUGAGGAGCCCAUUUUGUUUCUGUGUGCGUGUGUUUGUAUGUGGUUAUUUAUUACCCAGAGAGGGCCAGCCAAGAAAACACUUGGCCUGAAGAGUUCAUGACUUGUGCAGAUCCUCCAGAUGUCAGUGGGAGAGAUGAGUGCUCAUCACCUUAGAGAAUGGGGCCACUGAUAUUAGAUUGAAAUACUUGAGAUGGGAUACUAGAAUAAUUUUUUAUUUCAAAAAGCAGAUCCAAACCACAUUCUAAUCCUGAUGCACAUGUGUGUAAAUAGAAGCAUUGUUUUAUGUUUUUUUUUUCAUUUAUAGUAUGUAUUUGAUUUAGACUCUGAUUUAGAAAAUUUUGUAAUAAGCCAUGUGCUAGCUCUGAUAGAACAAGUUUGUCCUUAGUUUUCUCCUAUGACUGUAAUAUUCCUGGUAUUCAGAUUCUGUCUGUGUAAUGUUCUUACUCUAUAUUUGUCUGUGCAAUAUAAAAGCUGUGACUUGAUGCACAGCUUGAGUCUGGUUGUACAUCACCUAUGUAUAUAUAUACAUAUAUAUAUAUAUAAAAAAGGACCAGAAUCCCGAGCUUGCUUACACUAUGAUUAGUGUAAAGAUUGCCACACUUCAUUUUACAGGGCACAAGUAAUCAUGGAAUGGCUUUGUAAGUGCAUGGUAAUUUCUACCAUAACUUGCUGUGCAAUCUCACAGGUGACAUUUUAUUAGUGCUCUUUGUCUUGCUAGAAGAAAUACUAACCUGAAGUACUUGGUAAGAUUAAAGGGUCCUGGAGUAGACUUGGGGUUACAUGGAAAAUCCUUAUCUGAUAUUGCAUAUCAUGCAGGGUUUUCAAACCAUGUCCUCAAUGCUUUCUGUGCCCUGUAAAAUAGUGUAAUUAUAUAAAAUAUAUACUCCUUGUUUUGCCUCCUGCCUUGUUUACAUUAAACAGAGGAUAUUCAGUAAAAAUUUUCUAUUAAACUUUGUGUAGGUCACUUACUAACAGUGUUGCCAAGGUUUCACAGAGGUUGGAAUUUCCAAUGAGGAAUUGUUGAAACAGCCACAUUACGAGACAUACAAUAUUAAGUUUUAUGAAGGAGGGUGUGAUAAAAUUCAACUUUUUGUGCUAAAAAUGCAUGGAGGAUUAAAAGGGAUAUUCUCAAAAUAAAUUAAUUUCAGUGAA